GAGAAAGUCAAUCACCUCUCACUCCCACACACAAAAUUUAAGGGCAGAGCUCCAGCGAUCGCCCAGUAUGGCAGCUUAUGCCGCUCUUGCUUCCCUUUCUCAAACUACACAUCUAACUAUCAACCAACACAAAUCCCUCUUUUCUAUCGACGCGGAAGAAAGAAUUAGAUCCAUCCACGAGUAUGUCAUUUUCUUGCUAUCGUUCCUCCAAGAUUUUCCGGACAAAUCCAAGCGUUGGGAAGUCAAGAUGAGGGACGUAGCUCAUGAAACUGAGGAUAUUAUCGAACAAUAUCUGUCUCAGCUGUCAUAUUGCAGAUGGAUUAAGCCGUCAAUCGUGGAAUUUGAAGACCAGCUCACAAAUGUAACUCAAAAGUUAUGUUUGAUGGCUGGAGAUUUGAUGGACGAGGGACCUGCUCACUCACGUCUUGCUGUCUCAUCAUCAAGAGUUGCAUCUACUGGAAACAGUGCGAUGGUUGGUUUAGACGAUGAUUUAAUGGCAAUUAAGGAUCGGCUUUGUGGUCUGUCAUCCAAACUGCAAGUCAUCCCCAUAGUGGGUAUGGGUGGGAUAGGUAAGACCACUCUUGCUAAAAAUGUUUAUGAUGAUCUACUAAUUGUGGAGCAUUUUCACAUUCGUGUUUGGCUCACAGUGUCACAAGAUUACAGUGCGGGGAAAGUUCUUUUAAAUGUUCUAUAUUCAAUAAUCUUGAUUGAACAAAGAAUGAGUUUGGGUGUUGAAGAUUCAAUGGAAUUGAGAGAAGAACAAAUGCGUAGAGAGGAGACUGAUGAUUCUAAAAUGGCGGUGGAAGUGUACAAAAAAUUGAAGGGUAGGAGAUAUCUCAUUGUCAUGGAUGAUGUCUGGAGCACAAAGGUUUGGGAUGAUGUGAGGAAUAUAUUCCCGGAUGAUGGUAAUGGAAGUCGAAUCAUGUUAACCACAAGGCUACGGGAUAUAGCCACUUAUCCCGACUCUAAUAGUCCUCCUCAUGAGAUGAGGUUCUUGGAUGAUUCUCAAAGUUGGGAUUUGCUUAAGGGAAAGGUAUUUGCAAACAGCAAUUGCCCACCUGAGUUGGAACAUGUCGGGAAAGAUAUCGCAAGAAGCUGUGCAGGGCUACCCCUUGCUGUUGUCCUGGUUGCCGGAUUCCUUUCUGCAGUCAGUAAGACUCAAUCUUCUUGGGAGGAAAUUUCCAAAAAUGCAAAUCCAAGUGUUGGUGAAGAGCUAGAGAGGAUAUUAUCUUUGAGUUACACGCACUUGCCUCAUCAUUUGAGGCCGUGUUUUCUGUUUAUUGGAGUGUUUCCUAAAGAUGAAAUUAUUCGUGUUUCAAAACUUAUCAGAUUAUGGGUAGCAGAGGGCUUUUUGAAGCAUCAAAACGGAUGCAGUAAAAGCUUGGAAGAGGAGGCAGAGGAGUAUUUGGAGGAUCUAGUCAAGAGAAAUCUUGUAACUGUGACAAGUAGGAAGAGUGAUGGGAAAAUCAAGUGUUGCAGCCUCCAUGAUAUGGUACGAGACUUGUGCAUAAGGAAAGCCCACGAUGAGAGGUUUGUUCGUGUUGUGGAUAGUCAUUUUGUUCAGCAGGGCAUGACAGAUGAGCGACGCAUCAGUUUCAGGCUUUCUGAUAUAGAUGACUUCUGGUGUCCAACCAUCCGUACCAUGCUAUGCUUCCAACUCUGGAGUUUCCCUAGUUCGCCAGAGUUUCUACGACGUUUUAGAUUGCUUAGGAUAUUGGAUGCUGUGGGUGGCAACUCUAAAUACCUCCCUACCCAAGUAUUUGAGUUGUUUCAUUUUAGAUAUCUUGCUUUAAAUUGGUCUUCCAGUAUUCCAUCAGCCGUAUCUAAUCUUCUGAAUCUUCAAACCUUAAUCAUUUUUCCAACCACUCAUCGCUGGCAUAAAGAUUGGAUUAUUGGUAAAGAUGUAUCCUAUUUCUCUUUGCCAUUGGAAAUUUGGAGAAUGCCUCAGUUAAGGCAUAUUGUCCUCCAUGAUCUUUAUAUGCUACCCCACCCCCCAGAUGGAUCAAACCUUCCUCUAGUAAAUCUUCAAAGUCUUUCCUACAUAAAAGAUCUUGUAUGGACAGAAGAGAUUUUGCAAAUGAUUCCUAAUGUGAAAAGAUUGGGACUUGCGUAUAAAAGCAAUAAAGGGUAUGAGCUCCAUCUUCUGAAGCAUCUGCAUCAACUUGAAAAGUUGGAACUUUAUGGAUUUCACGGUUUUCCUUGGGUGGAGCAUAACCUGAUAACUUUCCCUCGGACACUAAAAAAGUUGACGUUAGAGGCUAGGGGAUUUCCUUGGGAAUAUAUGAGUGUUGUUGGUUCGUUGCCUAAUCUACAAGUGCUUAAACUACGAGAUUAUGCUUGCGAUGGCGACACAUGGGAAACAGCUGAUGGAGAAUUUCCUCAGCUGAGGUUUUUGCUAAUUCAGGGAUCAAAUUUCCAGCAUUGGAUAACUGAGAGCAGUCACUUCCCAAGGCUCCAGUGCCUAGUGCUUCAGUAUUGUUGGAAUUUGAGGGAGAUUCCAGAAUGUAUAGGAGAAAUUCCAACACUUGAACUUAUUGAAGUGGAUCAUUGUAACGAGGAUCUUGAGAAGUCAGCCAAGCAGAUAAAUGAGGAUCAACAGAGCUACGGAAAUAAUACUCUUCAUGUUCGUGUCCCCCAUUAUAAUAAGGGUGGUGAAGAGGACGCCGAGAACGCCAGGAAGAAGCUCCGCCUCUCCAAGUAUCAAUCCGCCAUUCUCGAGGAAAGCUUCAAACAGCACUACAACUCAAUCGAAAGCAAAUAAUGGCUUUGGCAAAGAGAUUGGGGCUGAGGCCUAGGCAGGUUGAAGUGUGGUUCCAAAACAGGAGAGCAAGAACCUACCACCAAUUGUUCUAAAGAGCUCAAAAAGCAGAAAUCGAGAAGAGUGAUUCUAGAAAGUGGAAUCAGAAAAUGGAGAGUGAGUUUGUGCAGAAACAACGAAAAUGGAUUGAUCUGUUUGAAUCAAGGGUGACCUCAAUUUGUGGAUCGCCAUGCCUUGAAACUGGGCGAGUUCGUCGUCGUAAUCAGUUCAUUUACCUGAUAUUCUUGUUUUAGGCUUUGGCUUGGCAAUGUCUUAUUAGACAGUGACGGAGUAUCACAAGCAGCGUCCACCUGGGGCCGGAUGACUCGAUUCCUAAUCCCCUACAAGGACUAUACCUCCUAGACAGCUACGUGGUUGAGUGAUCGGAAAAGAAAAAUUUUCAGGUAAUGAGCGAGCGCUGGACAGAAGAUAGGUGAAAGAAUCCAUAGAAAUCUCAUGUGAUGAGGUCAUCAGCAAGCUAUUGCAACCACACGCAUUCUUGAGAAGCAAGUGCCGAUGCUUUAUACUCCGCCUCCGUAGUUGAUAAGGAAACUGCAUCUUGUUUCUUGCUACACCACAUUUUGUUUCUUGCUACACCAGGAAAUACUUGUAUCUCCACAAAGAAAGACAUAACUUGAUGCUGAUUUCCUGUCA